CGAGGCAGUCGUACCAUUGUACAGAGAAAUUCCUAUAAAAAUGGUUGCAUUCAACCAUACAGUUUAUAUAAUUUAAGAUUAUAUUCUUGAUGUAUUGUAAAUAAAAUGGGGAAUAUUGUAUACGCAAUCACGAAUAUGGCUGCCCCAAAUAUUAGCUCAAAGUGAUGUAAGUCUCAAAUAGUGUAGUGUAACGAAGUCUUCCAUUAAUAUUAAUUAAAUAUAAGUGAGUAGUUUUAAUAUUGUCUUCCUCGUGAUAUCAUAAGUAUAAUAAAAGUGACGAGAAAUUUAAAAUGAUGAAUCUCGGGCGUAUCAAACUGCCUCCGAUAAAAAAUGUGCUAGAUGUGGCCCUGCAGACUGUGAGACAGCAGGUGCCCGAGAAACCCGGCGCUCCGUCAAGACCACCACAAAAUGUCCGUUUUGCAAAUGCAGACAUGGGCGAAAGUUGCGAGCUGUCCACAAUGAAUGAAACGACGUCUCCGACGUAUCAAUCCACGAACCCAACUAACCCAUUUCUUAGCGGACAGCUUCAAGCUGAAGACUCCUUUACAAGUUACCAGAAUACUUACCCUCAGCAAGAUGGAGCACCUAGAACGCAAAGCAUGCAAAGCGUUGAUUUCUAUGCAUCCUCUGAGGAAGGAGGUUUUGAAGAAGGUGGGGGCAAGCCGGGUGCUAAGAUUAACGAAUUUCAAGCUGCUUGGAACGUUACUAAUGCUAUCCAGGGUAUGUUUGUGGUGUCACUGCCUUUCGCCGUGCUUCAAGGGGGUUACUGGGCUAUCGCUGCCAUGAUUGGAAUCGCUCAUAUCUGCUGCUACACCGGCAAGAUCCUCGUGGAAUGUCUGUACGAAGAUGACCCCGUAUCAGGACAGCGUGUUCGCGUCCGCGAUUCAUAUGUCAGCAUUGCAAAGGAGUGUUUCGGAAGAAAAUACGGCGCUAGGAUCGUGAACAUCGCUCAGAUUAUCGAGCUUCUAAUGACAUGUAUACUGUACGUCGUUGUGUGCGGAGACCUCAUGAUAGGAACAUUCCCCGAUGGAUCCAUCGAUACACGAUCUUGGAUGAUGCUGAUUGGUAUAUUCUUACUGCCUCUUGCUUUUCUGAAGUCGUUGAAGAGCGUCAGCAUGCUGUCCUUCUGGUGUACCAUGAGUCAUUUGAUAAUAAACGCCAUCGUUCUCGGCUACUGCAUACUCAAUAUCGGUGAUUGGGGUUGGUCAAAGGUUAAGUGGACUUUGGAUUUCGAGAAUUUCCCGAUAAGCUUAGGUGUCAUCGUCUUCUCUUAUACCUCUCAAAUAUUUCUGCCGACUUUAGAAGGCAAUAUGGAGGACAGAUCUCGUUUCGAAUGGAUGCUGAACUGGUCACACAUAGCCGCAGCUGCUUUCAAAUCAAUCUUUGGAUAUUUGUGCUUUCUGACUUUCCAAAACGACACCCAACAAGUGAUCACUAAUAAUCUUCGAUCAGCCGGUUUCAAGGGGUUGGUCAAUUUCUUUCUCGUGGUUAAAGCUGUACUAAGCUAUCCCCUUCCUUAUUACGCAGCUUGUGACUUAUUGGAAAGGGUCCUAUUUAGGGGUAAGCCGAAGACGAUUUUCCCGACAAUUUAUGCUUUAGACGGCGAAUUAAAAGUCUGGGGAUUGGCUUGGCGACUGGGUGUGAUAAUGUUCACAAUAUUAAUGGCAAUCUUUAUACCACACUUCGCCAUACUUAUGGGUUUCAUUGGCAGUUUCACGGGUACUAUGCUCAGUUUUAUUUGGCCAGCGUAUUUCCAUCUCAAAUUAAAGGGCAACCAAUUAGAAAGUUCCACCAUCGCUUACGACUACUUCAUAAUAUCCCUCGGAGUGCUGUUUGGAGUAAUCGGUAUGUAUGAUUCGGGUUCAGCACUAAUUAAGGCUUUCAAAAUAGGCUUGCCCUUCUAAUUUUGGGUAGUGUUUUAGACGAAUGUUAUUCUAUUUUUAGAUUUACGCAUUUAAUUCGUGUAAAUUUCGCAGUGUUGCGACACAUAAUUGUUAAAACUAGUCUGAUGUGAUUUCAUUUUAUAGUAGUUCAAUUUCAAUGUAAGGUUAAAUGUUAUGGUGUUCUAUGUCUUCCAAAUAUACAUAGCUAUAAACAUAUAUUAGACUCUAUAUAUAAUAAAAUAUAAAUCCAAUGUCUUCCAAAUGAGAAAAUAUUUAGAUUGUUCUCGACAACGAAGUCUUCCAUUAUAAUAUUGCCUUCGCUUCUAAGUCUAAGGAGUUCCACGAUAUGGCUAUAAUACAAAAUCUUAUUUAUUAUUAUCAAUAUGUUAAAAUUCAUAUUAUAUUUGAUAAAAUAUAGAUAUAUAAGGUAAU